AUGGCGAAACUUGUUGUUGUCACCGGCAUAACUGGCGUUCAGGGCAGCUCCGUCGCUGAUACCUUUCUUCAAGACCCAGCAUACACCAUCCGCGGUGUGACUCGCAAUCCCGAGUCCGAAGCUGCCAAGGCAUGGGUAACUAAAGGUGUUGAGAUUGUUCAAGGCGAAUUUGAUGAUGUCAAGUCUCUUGAGCGAGCUUUUCAGGGCGCCAAUGUCAUCUUCGGUGUUACUGAUUUCUGGAACAUCUGGGGAAACCCACUUGAGCUGCGGCAUGGGAAAAAUCUUGCUGAUGCUGCAGCUUCGGCGGCUUCAACUCUGGAAAGAUAUGUUUUCAGUUCCAUGGCCGAUGCAACGAAGUCGAGCGGCGGAAAGUACACAAAGCUGUAUCACAUGGACUCAAAGGCUCGUGCUGCUACAUACGCACAGAGUCUUCCAGCUCUCAAAGACAAGUUCUCUCAGGUUCAAGCUCCAGUCUAUUUCCAAGUUGGAACGGAGUGGGGGCUACCAAUCACGCCAAAGAAGCAACCAGACGGUACAUAUCGAAUGAUUGGGCCUGGUGCAGGCCACAAGCCAAUUCCGUUCGGAAAUGUGCGAACUGAUCUUGGUCCCUGUGUUAAAGCUCUUGUCGAACAGGCACCGCCCAACACGAACCUUUUCGCCGUGGGUGAAUACCUCUCUUGGACAGACUAUCUCCGCAUUGUCUGCGAGACGCAGGGCGUCAAGUACGGAGGGUUUGACGAGCUUUCCUACGAGGAGAUCAACGAACUACUACCGGGCGGCCUCGGUCACGAGUUUGGACUCAACGUCUUGUUUGCAUUUGACUUUGGAUAUGAGGGUACAGAACCGGGGAUUGUUGGACCUGGAAAGUACGGAAUUAGAAUGACAUCGUUUAGGGAGUAUUGCGAAAAGAGCGAUUUCUCUGCUGCACUGAACAAAUGA